AUGGCUGUGAUACCACCAGAGAUCAUUUAUCAAAUACUCACCUAUCAAUUUAGGGAUUUUAUGAGCAAUGAUUAUCCUAAUAGCCCAGAGAAGUAUAAUGAGAAUUUAAAGACAUUUUUAAGAAGCAAUUUGACCGUUAAUAAAUGGUUUUAUCAUAUCUGUAAAAUUUUGGUAUAUCGUUACUGUAAUUUCACUACUGCUAAAAGAUUUAAUAGUUUACUCAAUACACUAAAAGAGCAUACAGAGAUACGGCAUGUUGUAGAAGUUGCAGAUUUCCAAGAGUUGACUUCAAUUGGUCUUGGAAGAACUGGUGAAAUGAAUAAAAUGAUUAAAAAUUUAACGAAUGAAACUUUGUUGGAAUUUUUAGAAUUAACACAAACAAAAUUGAGAGAAUUUUUAGCUUGUGAACAUAUUCAAGAUGAUUUAGAUGAAAAUGUUAUAUAUUUUCUUCUUAAACCUGGUACUCCAUUAAGUGUAUUAGAUUUCUGUGGAUGCUCGGGAAGUAAAUUUACUGAAAGCUUUAUUAUUGCAUUAGACAAACUGUAUCAUUCUGAUGUGAAUUUACAAAUUGAUGAGCCUAUUAAAGAGAAUUAUCAAAUUACAUGUUUAGGUUUGAAUGACUGUACAGAUUUACCUCCUUAUGUUGUUACAAGAACUUUAAAGAUGUUACCGGAAUUACAAAAAUUAGAUUUAACACACACUUCAAUUGAUGAUGAAACUCUUUCCGCAAUACCACAUUUAAAAAAUUUAACUCAUAUUUCCUUUGCGAUGUGUUUGCAAUUGACUCCAAGAGCAAUACUAGAAUUUUUUGCUCAUCAUCCAGCAAUCUCUGAUGUUGAUAAUACAACAACCUUAGAGUGGUUAAAUUUAAGGGUUUCCCCACAUACUUCAUCUUGGACCGAAGUUCAUACAAUGUUUCUAUUGAAAAAGUUGUGUCGUUAUGGACAUAAUAAAACAUUACAAUAUUUGAAUAUUGGUGGUAUGCCAUUACAUGAAGAUGAAGAUUUAUCCGUAAUUCCAACAAAAUAUUAUUAUAAAUGCAAAGACACUUUACAAUUUAUUAAAUGUAAUUUUCCAAAAUUAAAAAGCUUGAGUAUUAGGGAUAAUAAUGUGUCGAUUACAAGGUUAUGUCAAUUCCUAACUCCAGAAAAUACUAUACCAACUAUCGAUGUCAAUGAUAAAUUUAAAAAUUUGAAUAUAGAUAUGAACGAAUUAGCAUUUCAACCAUGCACUCAAAGACUAAAAUUCUUAAAUGUCUCUAAUAACACAUAUAUCAACAAGUGGACUAUACAAGAUCCUGCUCUUUAUACCUGUUCUCCAUCUUUAGUAGCGAUUGAAGUAUCAUUCGAUGCUUGGAGAAAUAUUGAAAAUAUGAAUGACAGACAUGAAUUGGUUGCUUAUAGGUAUAAAAACCCAAAUUCCAUUAUUAAAGAUAUUAGUAAAGCCACGUUAGUCAAAUGGAAAUGUUAUAUUGAUUCCUCUUAUGGUAGAAGAUACUGGCUAUAUAAGGUUGAUCCUUAUUUGAAUAAAGAGGGUAUUGAUAUGCACUCUAACAUGACCAAAUACGAUUCACAAGGUAAUAAGAUAAUUGAAAUUAUUAAGCAUCCUGAUUUUUUAAAGUUUGCCCAGACAAAGAUUAUGCUAGGUUGUGGUCUGGUUUCAUUGAGUACAGUUAGAAGAAAACAAUCCUAUAGAGAUUUCAAACCACCUAUCUCUCAAUUUUUGACUAGAAAAGGUGACGCUGCAACUAAUACAAGUGCAUCUCCAAUUACUACGCCUAGAUUACCACCAGGUGGUUGGAGAUUGAUGCACACUAAUGAAUCAUCUGAAAGUUUAUAUUCACAAACUAAUAGAACCGAGAAUAAUGGCACUAGUAGUGGUGGUGGUGAUGAUAGAGCCAUGGAAAUAGGAGGUCUUGAAAUUCCUAGUUCAGUUGUCUCUACUAGCGGUGAGAAUACGUUCCGAGCACUAUACUGGGAUAGAUCUAUACACGAUCUUCAUUCAAUGGCUCUUAGAUCGCGGUUAGAACCCAUUGACAGAAGAGUUAAUGAAGCAAGAGAGGAAGAACUAUCAUUACAAAACGAUUAUGAAGCAGAGCUUGAGGAAACCGAUGAUGAUUAUUUAAACAAUCCUGACUUACAAAGAAGGAGAUCACAAUUAAGUUUGCUAAAAUCGAGUUUCUCUCAUUCUAAUAAUCUAUCGUAUUUGAACGGAACUUCAAACCAGAACACAUCAUAUACAUUAAACAAACAUAAACCAAAGAACUAUUAUCAACUUCAUCCAGAAGAAUACAUAUAUGACAAAGAGGAUAGUGAGAUAACACAAAGGUACAGAUUACAUUUUGAUCAAAUAAAUGAAUAUCAAAUAUUUGGAACUAUAGAACGUGGGAUGUAUCGUUAUUAUAGUCUAAAGACUUAA